AGAAAGGCAGGUCUGGUAAGGAGAGCCAGCCAGAGCUUCAGACAUCUCUUCUGUCCAUCAGCGAAGCAAGAAGCAAGGGGGCCACAAUGGGGGCCAGGAUGCCCUUCUUCCUCUUCCUGACUCUCCUGGGCAGCUCCCAGGGAACAGGGCCAGGAUUGACUUUGCAGCUGAAGCUGAAGGGCUCCUUUCUAACAAAUUUCUCCUAUGAGUCCAGCUUCCUGGAAUUGCUCGAGAAGCUCUGCCUCCUCCUUCACCUCCCGUCAGGGACCAACGUCACCCUCCAUCAUGCAGGAUCCCCACGCCAUGUCACCUGCGAAGUCUGAGAAUGGUCAAACUCUGUGUCCCCCCCUUGGCCCAGG